AUGGCAUCUGCGACGUCUCCGCAGUCGAAUACCCGGGAUCCUACAUUCCGCAACUACGAUGCCUCGUCGGCAGCCAAGUACUUGCAGGCCCGGCCGCGAUACUCUGACGCACUGAUCGAUCUGAUCAUCUCGAAACAUACCUCUUCUGGUGGGGCGCUGGACCUGGUGGUCGACGUGGGCUGCGGACCCGGCCUUGCGACGCUCUCCCUGGCGCCGCGCUUUCAACACGCCAUCGGCGCGGAUCCCGGCCAGAACAUGAUUGAGACGGCCAAGUCCGUGGGCAUUACGACGAAAUCGGGCGAACCGGUCAAGUUCGAGGUCUGCUCCUCCGAGGAGUUGAGCACAUUGGCCGCGCUGAAGGAGUUCUCAGGCGACGGGAAGGGAGGGUUGGAGUGUGUGGACCUCAUCACAGCCGCCACCGCGGCGCAUUGGUUCGACAUGCCUCGCUUCUGGGGGGAGGCAGCCAAGAUCCUCAAACCCGGCGGCAGCGUCAUCAUCUGGUGCUACGGAGGCCAUCGCGCUCACCCAGACACCCCCAACGUCGAGAAACUCCAAGAAUGGUUUAAGACCUUCGAAGAGCAAGUCCUCGCUCCCUACGAGCUGCCCGGAAACAGACUGGCCAGAGAAAUGUAUGUCAACCUGGGACUGCCGUGGGAAUGUCUCGAUCGGCUUGACGACAGUGGAGACCAAGAAUUGAAGACCCUCCUGAAGGAGUUUGACGAGAAAGAGUUCGAGAGGAUUGAAUCGGAUAGGGAUGGCCGACUCUCGAACGGGCUCGCUUUCACGGAAUUCCGGAGAGUGGACUUCGCCAAACUCAAACCCAUGAUGAGUACGGCGAGUCCGAUCACGCGGUGGAGAGAAGCCAACAAAGAAAAGGUGGAAAGGGGCGAAGUGGAGGACGUCCUGGACCUGCUGGUCAGAAAGACCAAAGAGAUCAUCGAGGAGGUGCCAGAGGGCAAGGGUAGGGAUUAUGUCGAGAAUGGAAGUCGGAUGGUUAUAUUGGUUGUGAAGAAGAGGAAGUGA